GUUAUCGCCCCUAUUAUAAAAUAUUUCGUGUUUAUUAAAAUUCAAAAUAUGACGGACGAAACCUUAAAUUUUGACAUAGAAAAUGUUGAAUUUCACUUAGUUACUUUAUUUGAAAAAUUGGAAAGUAUAAGGCGAGAAAAAAUCGGCAGUUCGAAUUUGAAAAAAUUGCCAUUGCAAGUCGAACUGAGGACUUUUGAGUUUUGGAAAGCGCUAAUUUCUGAAACUAUCGCAAGUUUUGUGUACGUUUUUUUAGUUUGCGGUGCCAAUGCCGCUUCGCGAAUGGGCAAUACUUCUCCUGCAAAUGUCUUUCUGUUCACUGCUAUGACUUCGGGAUUUGUUAUGAUGUUUUUGACACAGUUCUUUGGACAUGUAUCUGGAGCUCACGUAAAUCCAGCAGUUACCAUAGCGAUGGGGGCAAUCAAAAGGAUUUCGCUUCUGAGAACCUGCAUGUUCAUCGUUUCUCAGUGCGGAGGUGCUAUUGCUGGAGCUGCAUUUUUAUAUGGAGUCACAGUACCAGAAUACCACGGUUAUCAAGAAAAUUUAUCGUCAGCGGUUGGACAUCCGACUAAUAUUUUUACUUCGUGGGAACGAUUCGGAAUUGAGUUUACGUUGACAUUCCUGGUAGUGUUUUCGUAUUUCAUAUCAAUGGACACCUACAGGAAAUGGAUUGGAACACAUUCCAUUACCAUAGGAGCUACUUACUGUGCCUGUUCCUUUGUAUUUAUGCCUUAUCUAAAUCCUGCAAGAGCCCUAGGACCAGCUUUCGUCUUGAACAAAUGGGAAGGACAUUGGGUCGAUUGGCUUGGUCCUCUUUUGGGUGGCCUUGCUUCUGGAAUAUCAUAUGAAUAUAUUUUUAACCCCAAUAGAGUGAAGAAAGCGAAAAAAGAGCACGAAGAAGACAUUUCCAGCAUUCCAUCAGAUGAUGAAUUGAAUUACGAUGAUUUAGAUAAACCUCAGCCACCAAAAUUUCAUGGGUCUACAUAUAAUACCUAUCGCUCCACUACUGCAAUCGAAGGAAGAACUAAUUAUUGUCCCAGUUUGUUUUCUGCACCGCCCACACGACUUGAAAGAGUGGAAUCGAUUUACGGUGGUACAAAAUCACUGUGUAGAAGUCCUCCUUUAACAAGAGCAAAUUUGAAUAGAUCUCAGUCUGUAUAUACAAAAUCUAAUACAGCUAUCAACAGAGAAUUGUUACCCAAAGCAGGACCUUUAGUACCAGCUCAAUCUCUUUAUCCAAUCAAACUGAAUCAGCAAAAUCAUCUUCAAAAUCAAAACGUCCAUAAUCAAUUACAACAGAGAUCCGAAAUUUAUGGAGUAAGAGGUGUUACUCCUGGCACUAGUUCAAAUAGAUCAGAUACUUAUGGAACCAAUGAAAGACAGCAGACCAGAGAUAAUUAUGCAACCAAUGAUCGACAAAGGCGCGACAAUUAUGCUACCACAGAUAUUCCUUAUGGGAGCAGACCUAACCCACCAUCGAGUUCAGAUAGCAGUGAGAAUAACCCACCAGCUCCAAGAACCCGAAGACCUGAAUCAGUAUAUGCUAUGUUAGGUUCCCAAGCAAGGAACCUUCAACAGAAGCAAGCCGCUCCACCAUAUCCUGAAACUAGGAAUGUUAUAGGAGGUUCUGCUCAAAAUAGGCCACCUCAAAGUACCUUGAAUUCUAUUACUCAUUAUUCACCAGAUCCUCAAUAUUAGAUCAAGCUGUACUAAAACUUUAUUACUAGAUGUCUUGGAAUUUCGGAAAUGAUGAGAAAUACAGCUUUGGCUAAAUUGAAGCAAACUUACGCAAUUUCUUCACAAUGGCACUUCGAAAUUUGAAACAUUCUGAAUACUUCCAAAAACACAAAAAAAAAUGUGAAACUGAUUUAUUUUUUCUCUCUACACAAUCAAAUUACAAAUCCGAUGUUUUGUCUUUGGUUGAUGAACAUCAUCAAACUUAUCUUUAAACAAAAAUUAUCUCUCCGGCGGAAUUUUGUAAAUAUAUGGAAUGUUUCCAUAAAAUGAUUUUGUUGUUGAUCUAGAUAAAUUGCGCUUGUUUGCCGCAGAUUUGAGAUCCAAAUUGUCGACCUCGAAAAACGGACACCUCGUAUGAAAAGUCACUAUCGCUGAAGCAAACAAUAUUCUAUUAUUAAAAUGACUGUUGCUCAUAUGAUUUUAUUAAUGAUGAUCGAUAUUCAUUAUUGUAGGAAUAUCCACUAAGAAUCUGACUGUUGUAAAUGAAUAUUUUUUUAUUCAGUUUUUAAUUUGUAAUUUUCAUAUUUUUGUAAAAUAUAAUUUGUAUAUAAGUAUUAGAUACGUUGUAUUUAGUUUAAGCCUGUAUAUGUGAAAUAUAAUAAAGUUAUGUAAGUGUA